AAUCUGUUGACAAUUUCCAUAACACGCUAGAUGUAGACAAUCGUCUUUCAUUUCCAAUUAGAAGGAGAUACAGCGAACCAAAAAAAAUUGCACUGCUACACAACGAACGCCUACGGGUCACUCUAGAGAGCAAUAUGGACAACUAAUCCCACAUUAAUGGUACUAGUGGCAUCUUGGAUCCCUCAGUUACAAUGGCAGCGAAACUUUCCCAAUGACGUGACAAAAGUUUUGAGAGUUAUUAAAAACGCUCCAUCAUAUAAGGAAUCAGAUUGUUUGGAGUGUAUUGGGUACGUUUAUCACGUUAACUACAAGUACUAGGCACUAUAAAUAUGUCGUACAGUUUAUUUUUCCUCAGAACAAUUUCAACCAUGUUCCGUUGGGUACUUCUUCUGACCGUAGUCACCGUCGCAUCAGCUGCAAGACCACAGCUGCGCACACCUCCGAGACUGGAUGGUAAAAUUGUUGGAGGAAAACCCGUCAAGAUCGAAGAAUAUCCAUACCAAGUUUCUUUGCAACGUUACGGCAGCCAUGUUUGUGGUGGUUCCAUCAUUGGACCGAACAAAGUACUCACUGCAGCUCACUGCACCAGCGGCUCAUCUGCAAGCUCCUUGUCAAUUCGUCACUCCAGCACCUUCAGAGGUUCUGAAGGUGUCGUGAUCAAAGUGGCCAGUAUUGCACAGAACCCAGCCUACAAUCCAUCUACCAUUAGUGAUGACGUCACCGUAUUAACUCUGGCUGAACCCAUCAAGGAUUCGGAUAUCGGUAAACCGAUCGCAAUGGUCGAAGCCAACGCAGCAGAAGGUGAUCGUGAAGCAGUGUGCACAGGAUGGGGAACCCUAUCAUCUGGAGGAUCCUCUCCUCGCCAGCUACAAGCCGUUGACGUUAAAGAAGUGGACAGGAAAGAGUGCAACAAAAGCUACGGUGGUGGCAUUACCGACACGAUGAUCUGCUUUGGCAGUCCAGGAAAAGACUCCUGCCAGGGAGAUUCCGGUGGCCCACUCGUAGUUGGCGAGAAGCAGGUUGGAAUAGUCUCAUGGGGCUACGGGUGCGCUCAUCCAGAAUACCCCGGCGUGUACGCCCAUGUUGCUCCUCUCAGAACCUUCAUCGAUCAAAACUUGUAA